GGUUGUAUUCGUGUACGUUCGUCGGUGUCGGCAGUUGUGGAAUGACAAACAAUUUUGUUGCAAGUUCAUUCUCCGGCUUCGGUGUUUUACUUUAGUAUUUUCCUAAAGUAAUCAUGGCUACGGAACGUUAUAGUUUCUCCCUAACAACUUUCAGUCCUUCGGGAAAACUUGUUCAAAUUGAAUAUGCUCUUGCUGCGGUUGCUGCUGGUGCCCCAUCGAUUGGAAUUAAAGCUAUAAAUGGUGUAGUUAUUGCCACCGAAAAUAAACACAAGUCCAUCUUGUAUGAUGAACAUAGUGUGAAUAAAGUGGAAAUGAUUACCAAACAUAUUGGGAUGGUUUAUUCCGGUAUGGGUCCGGAUUAUCGUCUUCUGGUUAAACAGGCAAGAAAAAUGGCACAGCAGUAUUACCUUGUCUAUGGUGAGCCCAUUCCCACUGUGCAGUUGGUCCAAAGAGUUGCUGCUGUAAUGCAGGAGUACACUCAAUCUGGCGGUGUCCGUCCGUUUGGGGUAUCUCUUCUUAUCUGUGGUUGGGACAACGAUCGUCCUUACCUCUUUCAGUGUGAUCCUUCUGGGGCAUAUUUUGCUUGGAAGGCUACUGCAAUGGGCAAGAACUUUAUUAAUGGAAAGACUUUCUUGGAAAAGAGAUAUUCUGAAGAUUUGGAGUUGGAUGAUGCUGUGCACACUGCUAUUUUAACACUGAAGGAGAGUUUUGAGGGGCAAAUGACGGCCGACAACAUCGAAGUCGGAAUUUGUGACAGUCAGGGAUUUAGACGAUUGGAUCCUUCACACGUUAAAGAUUAUUUGGCUAAUAUUCCGUAAAGUACUAACUUAGUUUUUAAAAGAAUCGUUUGUGAUUCAUAUCAAUUAUGUGCUGGUUUUCUUAUUGUAUUUCAUGAUAAUUAAAUUUUCUCGUACAAAAUACAUAA